AUGGCUAACGGUAACAUAGCUAGUACAGACAAGGACCGGGCUGAGGCGCUGAUGGACUACUACAAAAGUGUCUAUCGUUCAUCCCCGUAUGAUGGAGUUAGGAACCACAUGGUGGAUACCAUUGGAAACGAACUGCGGGUGUUAAUCGUGAGUAAGGAGGAGGUACGAACCGAGCUCAUAAGCCUGUGCAAGCAUAAGGUGGCGGGUCCGGAUGAGAUCCAUCCAGCUAUUGUCCAGCCACUGGCUGAGGUCAUACUAGGACCUGUCAAUGAUUUAUUUAAGGCCUCACUGACAUCCGGGGUAGUGCCGGAGGACUGGCGGAAGGCAACCGUGGUAGCAAUACGCAAGACGGGGUCUAGACAGAAGGCGAAAAACUACAGGCCGGUGAGUUUAACGUCAGUGCUGUGCAAGUGCCUCGAACAUAUAGUCAGAAAACAAAUAUGUACGCACCUGGUGACCCAUGGACUUCUAUCCUCUGCACAGCACGGGUUUACCAGGAAUAAUUCGUGUCUAACUAAUCUAAUUGUGUUUCUCGACGAGACUACACGUCGAUUAGAUCAGGGUAGGGCAGUGGAGGUAUGUUACUUAGACUUCAGCAAGGCUUUUGACUCGGUGAGUCUUACGUUGCUGGACACGAAGCUACCAACGUUUGCACUUAGACGGAGACUACACGUCGAUUAG